ACACCCACCAACUCACCCAUCCACCCACUUACUCACACCUCCCCCAGCUCACCGCCUCCACACCCCAGCAUGGCCACAUCCACCAUGUCCGUCUGCUCCAGCGCUUGCUCCGACUCCUGGCAGGUGGACGACUGCCCAGAGAGCUGCUGUGAGCCCCCCUGCUGCACCCCCAGCUGCUGUGCCCCGGCCCCCUGCCUGACCCUGGUCUGCACCCCAGUGAGCUGUGUGUCCAGUCCCUGCUGCCAGGUGGCCUGUGAGCCCAGCACCUGCCAAUCAGGCUGCACCAGCUCCUGCAUGCCCUCGUGCUGCCAGCAGUCUAGCUGCCAGCCGGCUUGCUGCGUGCCCAUCUGCUGCAAGCCUGUCUGCUGUGUGCCCACCUGCUCUGAGUCUUCCUCUUCAUGCUGCCAGCAGUCUAGCUGCCAGCCGGCUUGCUGCACCUCCUCCCUAUGCCAGCAGGCCUGCUGUGUGCCUGUCUGCUGUAAGGCUGUCUGCUGUGUGCCCACCUGCUCCGAGUCUUCCUCUUCAUGCUGCCAGCAGUCUAGCUGCCAGCCAGCUUGCUGCACCUCCUCCCCCUGCCAGCAGUCUUGCUGUGUGCCCAUCUGCUGCAAGCCUGUCUGCUGUGUGCCCACCUGCUCUGAGUCUUCCUCUUCAUGCUGCCAGCAGUCUAGCUGCCAGCCGGCUUGCUGCACCUCCUCCUGCUGCAGACCCUCCUCCUCCGUGUCCCUCCUCUGCCGCCCCGUGUGCAGACCUGCCUGCUGUGCCCCCUCCUGCUGUGCCCCCACCUCCUCCUGCCAGCCCAGCUGCUGCCGCCCGGCCUCCUGCGUGUCCCUCCUCUGCCGCCCCACGUGCUCCCGCCCAGCCUGCUGUGGCCUCUCCUUGGGCCAGAAGUCCAGCUGCUGACGGGCAGGUCCCAUGUCUCCAUUUCCAGACUUGUUCCAGGGCCAUCUCUGACUUCCAGAAAUCCUGGCAGCCUCGAGCCCUGGCGGAGUUUCUUCUGCCCAGGGCCACGGCAUCUCCAGUCAACAGUGCUGAGCCUUCAUGGCCAAGUUCCCUCCCGGCACUAGUACCUCCCACUCUCUCAGCCCCAUCCUGGCCAGCCGGGGCCGCUGUGUCCUGCCCUGUGCGAGUGAUCAGUUAACAAAUAAAGUUACCACUCUGA